GUUCUCGCCCCGCCGUCUCCGGAGUUCUCCUCCUCUUCCUCUCCUCGACGAAGCCAAGCUACCAGUGCUAGGGAGGAGGCUGACAAUGGCGUGGAGGCGGCUGGCGAGCGAGGCCGCGAUGGCGGCGCAUCUCCGGCGAGGCGUACCCACUCCCCACUUCGCCCCCGCCCGCGCCUUCUCCGCCUCCUGCGGCCCUGCCGCCGCCAACCCUGCCCUUCCCGCCAGGCACGCGUUGCAGGGCAUCUGGUCGCGGUGUUCGGGCUCGGCCCCCGCGUUGCAGGCUCGCGCCCCCAUGUUCCGACCUCUGCUGGCCGCGCGGGUGUCCACCGGAGUUCGUCCGAAGCUUCCAGGUGUGGUGAGGGGAUUUGGGACCGGCGGCACCGCAAUUGCUGUCAUGCUUUAUCCUACAAAGGUCGCUGAGGCACAAGAGCGACCAGCAAAGAGCCCAUCAGAAGAUAUCACUGUGCUCUCACCAUAUGCGAAACAAGUUCUUAGGAAAUUCUGGAAUUUGGUCAGAAAAUUUCAGCUGCCUAUCGGUUUGAUUCUUUUGAUUGUGUAUGGUUGGCGGAAACCGAUGGUUCUUGCCAUCAAUACAUUGCUUCUUCUCUACUCCACAAGGCCGGACCCCUACUCCAUAUACUUGUUUCUGCAGGAGAUUCAUCAAGGGAAGAUGCAUCAGAAUCCUGCAUUGUGGAAGGAGGAGGUCAUCCAGACAAGAAAAGUUGAUACCGAAGACUACAAGUUCUUUUCUAUUGGGACGGUCGAACUAAAGGACAGAACAGUACUGCAUAUGAUUGGAAUUCUGGGCAAUUGGUGGAUCUAUCACGUGUCGUAUGACAAGAGGGUGGAGCAGUUGUAUCUGUAACUUCUCAUUCCAAAGAGCUGGUUAAUAACAGUAACUACGUGGAGUUGCUGACAUCUGUAGGACUGUAGUAGGGGGAUAUUGACUCUGAAUGUUUCGGAGCACUGCUUUUGCAUGUAAUGCUAAGAAUGCUUUAACAUCACUAGUUUGUCUGGAAGAUCUAGCUUGACUGGUCAUCCGCGGGAUUUGUUUGA